AUGCUCAUGGCAGACUUGACCAAUCGGCCGUACGGUGCGAACUUGAACUUCUUGGAGUUCAGCAUGCUGCCGACAGAUGCCGUAUUGGCGGCGGCACAGAUUGGCAGCCGUGGCGCUGGCCGCGCACAGAAGGUUAGCGUAGAGGACGAGAAGCAGGCGCUCCAGGCGAAGGGAGCCUACUACAAGGAGGGCGAGGGCCCGCAGUUGGAGGAGCUGGAAGAUGCCUGGACUGGCUACUUCGUGUGGGCUGAGACGGCGAACGGCCACGAGGUCAAGUGCAGCUUCGUUGGCAGGGACGGCUACAUGGAGACCGCCCGCGUCGCCAUCGAGACUGCCAUGUGCCUCCUCUUCGACAAGCUGCCGUUCAAGGGCGGCGUCCUGACCCCGACCGUGGCGUGUGGCGAGUGCCUGCUGAGGACUGGGGCGGAUGGUGGCCGGCAACCUGCGGUUCCAGAUGGGCGAGUGGUUCCCCACGGAGGAGAGCGGAGGCCCCCGCCCUGGCCCUGA